ACAAUAACAAAAACAUACGCACGCUAAAAACAGCUGUUUGUAUUUGAGUAUUUGACAGUUACCGGCGCCAAAUAGCAUUUAAUUGCGUUUACAUUUGCUGUUUUCAUUAAAAUACACAAAAAUGAGCGAGGAAACUGCAAAACAAUGUCGCAUGCCAUGGGUAGAGAAGUACCGACCAUCAAAAUUGGAUGAUUUGAUUUCGCAUGAGGAAAUUAUAUCAACAAUUAAUCGCUUCAUUGACCAGAAACAGUUGCCACAUUUGCUAUUCUAUGGACCACCUGGUACUGGUAAAACGAGCACAAUUCUCGCUUGUGCCAAACAACUCUACAGUCCAACACAAUUCAAAUCGAUGGUGCUGGAGUUGAACGCCUCAGAUGAUCGUGGCAUUGGUAUUGUGCGUGGACAAAUUUUAAAUUUCGCCUCAACGCGCACAAUCUUUAGUGGCUCCUUUAAAUUAAUCAUACUGGACGAGGCUGAUGCUAUGACGAAUGAUGCACAAAAUGCAUUGCGUCGCAUCAUUGAGAAAUAUACGGAAAAUGUGCGUUUCUGUGUCAUUUGUAAUUAUUUAAGUAAAAUUAUACCAGCGCUACAGUCACGCUGUACACGUUUCCGUUUUGCACCGCUUUCGCCAGAGCAAAUACUACCGCGACUGGAUAAGAUUAUUGUGGAGGAAAAACUGAAUGUCACUGAAGACGGUAAGAAAGCGCUAAUGACACUAUCCAAAGGUGAUAUGCGAAAAGUGCUUAAUGUGCUGCAAAGUACAUCAAUGGCAUUCGAUGUUGUUAAUGAGGAUAACGUAUACACAUGUGUUGGACAUCCACUACGUAGUGACAUAGAGCGUACAUUGCAAACGUUAUUGUCCACAGAGAGCUUCGAGCAAGCCUACGAUGAAAUUCAACGCAUUAAAUCAGUACGCGGUCUUGCACUGAGUGAUAUUCUCACGGAAUUGCAUUUGUUUGUUAUGCGCUUGGAAUUGCCACCAGGCGUAAUGAAUAAGUUAGUCAUUAAAAUGGCCAGUAUUGAGGAACGUCUUGCAAAAGGCUGCACUGAGGGUCCACAAACAACAGCAUUGAUUGCGGCUUUCUUUAUCUGCCGCGACAUGGUCUCGCUGGAGAGUUGAAUGCAACAAUUGGGUAACUGUGGUUGAGGAUAUCUCGAGGAAUAAUAUAUUUUUAAAUUUAUUUUUUUUAAUAUUUUUAAUAUUUAAAAAUUUCAAAAUUGCUAGUAUUCGAUAUACUGCCAACAAAAUAAAAUAUCUGCGUCAACAAGGC